UUAGUGCUUAGCGAAAAAACGCCAGCAACGGAACCGUCACCAAUCCGUGUAUUUUUUAGAUAGAAAAAUUUCUUUACUGUUUGCCGACGAUUCUCCUGUUUUAUUUGCUUCCAAUGCUGGAUUAAAACCAAGAAAUGGAAUAGAGGAGUUUGUAAUUAGUGUAACUAUUGUAAUGUUUUAAAAGUGUGUGAUACGGAAAAGGCGUUUAAGAAGCUUGGUCGUGGAAAAGUGUUUUGUGGAACAAUUACUGUUGCAAUUGUGCAAGUCGAAGAAUAAAGUGAUUAGCAUAAGUCAAGGGAAAAGAGUGCAAAGCCCGAAGUGAGAACAACAGUGAUCAGUGAAAGCAGAACAGUGAUCUCGAAUCGCCGACCACCGCUAGCCGCUGGGUUUAGUAGGAUGAUUCACGGACAUCCACCCCAGCCCCAGCAGCAGCAGGCUCAUCCCCAUAUGGCCCAUCCGCCGCCACCGACGGCGCAUCAGGUUCCUCCACCGCAUCUGACCCAUCUGACGAGCGUUCCACCGCCGAACGUUCCCCAGCCGGGCACGAUGCCGCAGCAACAGCAACAGCCACCACCGCCGCCACAGAUCCGGGAACACCACUCCGGUCCCAGAAUCAACAACCGACACCACCAUCAUCCACGUGUUCCGGCCGGCGGAGAUCACCACCAGUCGAUGCCCGGUCCACACAUGCCAUUGCAGGGCUCUAGGAAACCUCCGUCACAGCACUAUGGCACCUCCAAUGGCAUGACACACGGCGGCGGCGGCGGCGGCAUGGGAUCGAAACAUCAGCACUCUGGAAUGGGCCAUCCUCCGAAGACGCUACCGUACAGCAGCAGCAGCAGCACCAGCAACAGCAGUAGUCACCAACAUCAGCAGCAUCACCACCAACAGCACAAUCAUCACAGCCAUCACCACACGGGACACCACAACUCGGCUGCGAUUCCGGUAGUGUCGGCCGCCGGUCCCGGGGCGUCCAAGGCUCGCAUGAUUCCAUCGCAUGAACCUAAAAUCAUCCACAACCACAGCAAUACGGCAUCAGUCGGCAGCAACAACAACAACAACAACAACAACAACGCAAAUGCAAUAGUGGUCCAUCAGGUGGACCCCGUUCAGCAGCAGCUAUCGGGAGGAAUCUCCUCCUCAACCGCCACUACCACACCCGGCACCACCACCAACAUGAGCAGCAAUACGGCCAGCGCACCCAGCAGCGGCAGUAUUCCGGCAGUGAUGGGCGGUAGCGGAGGCGGAGGAGGAGGUGGAGGUGGUGGCAGUGCAGGCGUCAUACCGGCGUCCACUGCCACCACCGUGGUGGUCAUGGGCAACGCUUCCGAUAGCAACCAGAAAGAUUCAACCACCAUCAUACACUCACAGUCGAUACUGCUGUCGUCUGUACCAGAAACCUUGGCAAACACUAAAGAGAAAACACCAAUGUGUUUAGUUAAUGAAUUAGCACGAUACAACAAGAUCCAACACCAGUACCGGUUAACCGGCGAGUCCGGCCCGGCACACAAAAAGCGCUUCACCGUCACGCUCAAGCUGGGCGAUGAAGAAUACACGGCAGAAGGUCCAAGCAUCAAGAAGGCACAGCACAGUGCAGCCCACGAAGCCAUCGGGGCCACCAAGUAUAAACAUCCACCGGCGAAAACCAACCGGACCAAACCGGGCGGGAAAACCAGCAUCGGCAACAUAACUCCAACGGUCGAACUGAAUGCGCUGGCCAUGAAACGCGGGGAACCGACUGUCUACGAAACGGAACAGGUGGUAACUGCACCCAAGUACCCCGUCAACAGUCAUCCGCCAGGGGCUCCAAACACUCCCCAACAGGGUGGCGCUGGCAGUCACAACUUCUUCGCGGCUCCACCGCCUGGCGCUCACUACGGUGGAUACCACCGUAGCAAUAGCACCUACAAUGCUCCUCCACCGGCUGGCGUUCGGUAUGGUGCUCCACCUCCAAAUUCCUUCAACAGACGGAACACCAUGGGUGGAAAACCGGACUACCAUUCCCGUGGAUACUACUACAAUCAACACGUCCCGCCGAUGGCACAACCGGUGCCGGAAGUGUACAAAGUGACCCUGCACGUGGGAGAGAGGACAUUUUUAGGGGAAGGGCACACGCUGCAAGCGGCUCGACAUGAUGCGGCGGCUCGGGCCCUGGAGGUACUGAAGCCGCUAACACCGGAUUCGGCCAACGCCGUAACGGACAGUCACAACACAUCGAUCGACAGCGAUGACCCCAACUCCGAGCUAAAAUCUCCGAUCUCUCUCGUGCAUGAGAUGGCAUUGAAACGCAAACUGUCCGUUCAGUUUGAAGUCCACGGCGAAAAGGGUCCUCCUCACAUGAAAGUUUUUACUACUCUUUGCAAAGUGGGUACUAUCGUUACCGAAGGCGAAGGUAACGGGAAGAAGCUAUCGAAAAAGCGAGCGGCUGAAAAGAUGCUGGAUGAGCUGAGGAAGCUUCCUCCGGCUUCGCCGGAGAAGAACACCCGCAUGCUGUUGAAGCAAAAACGGAAGGUACCGCUACCGAAGAAGAAAACUCGUAACCUGAUCAAGGAGAAGGGCGAAGAAGAUCCUUCGGGAAUGGUGAAUCCCAUCAGCCGGCUGAUGCAGAUUCAGCAGGCACGCAAGGAGAAGGAACCCGUGUACACACUGCUGGAGGAGCGUGGCGUUGCACGGCGUCGGGAGUUUAUCAUGGAGGUGUCGGCCAGCGGCAAAUCGGCGACCGGUGUGGGCUCGACGAAGAAGCUGGCCAAGAAAGAAGCGGCGGAGAAUCUACUGGUGAUGCUCGGGUAUGGCCGGUCGGUCGAUGGCGGAGGUAGCGAUGGUUCGCCGAACAAGGAGAACAUGUCGGGAAGUGCAAACGAGAUGGUGGAAAAACCGCCGGGCCGAAAGAUCGUGUACUCCGAAGGGGGCGGCGGCCCGGUGGCGGGUGGCGGAAAGGUGCACCACCAAGGUGGCGGUGGCUCUUCCGGACGGCAGAUCGUGCCCGGGGUGUUGCAGUUGCAUUCAGGCAUUGCCAACAAACCUGCCUCCGGUACGUCAGCUAAGGAACCGUCACAGGAAAGCAACGUUUCGGUUGAAUCCAGCACCUCGGCCAGCGCGGUCACAACUGCCGUUAACGUCUCUAGUACUUCUAAUGUCUCACCUAGUACUACGACCAGCACUAACCCUGCUGCCGCUACGACCACCACCUCCUCCAAUCCGGACGUGGGUCGAAUGAAGGAGCAGCUCAUGUAUCUGGCCCAGCUGUUGAAGUUUGAUGUUAUGUUCUCGGACUUCCCGAAGGGCAACCACGGCGAAUAUCUCACGCUGGUAACGCUGUCGACCGAACCGCCGCAGUUGUGCCAUGGCAGUGGUGCCAGUCUGGAAGAAUCGCACGACGAGGCAGCCCGCGGAGCGCUGGAAAUCCUCAGCAAGAUCGGCUUGGACAACGUCAAGCCCAAGGGUAGUAGCAAUUCUACUACUACCGGAGGUGGAGAUGAAAGUAAGUCAAAACCUCCGCUGACCAACGGGUUGAAGAAGUAAUAAGAAGGGGAAAAGGGGAAGAAUUUGAGAAGUUUAUGUCUUCGGAAGUAACUGCCCACUGGCGGUGAUUUCCGCUGACCCAAACUACUCGAAACCGUCGCCGGUUGAGGUUAUGAAAACUGCCAUCUUGGGGAAAAAGAAACAAAGGAAAAGCAUGAGUUUGUCUGAAGACAACACAAUGGAACGAACGCGGGGGUAAGACGAUGCAUUUAACCAGAUAAAAAGCAAAUGGUAAAUCUUCUUAGAAAUUCAUGAUUUUCGACAACAAAGCGCUAAUGCAUUAACUAAACAUAUUGAACGCAGAGAAACAGAAACAGUGCGCUGAAAGUAUUCGCGCUUGUUUUUUUUUAGAGAAUGGAGCUCGCUGCGAGCGACUGGCUCGAUUAAUAGGACUUGUCUGGAGCGAAAGUACGUGUCUCUCAGGCAGGUUCUAUUAAUUCGUAUUUUUAAAGAAUUCUGUCUACCGGACGGAAAUGCUUUUGACACGGUAACUACACUGAACCGAUGGUGGCUAGUUACGGGUGUCACAAGUGAAAUUUUCAAUUGAUUACCAUUUACCUAAAACAGCGAAAAACAGCAAAUUGCAACAGCAAAGGGAUUGUUGGUGGAAAAAAAUUGGAAGAAGUAUUACAAGUAUUGAAGGUUCUUAAUCAUAUGGAAUCGAUUUAAGCGAUUGGAGUGCAGAGCAACACUGGAUAAGGUCGAGGAAAGAGGGAGAAGAAAGGGUGUAUACCAAUAUAAUCGUUCUACUACUGCAUAAUAAUAUGGAUACCGACGAGUUCUGACCGUUACUCUUGAUCACUGGCUGACCGUAAAUUGAGUCAGUCAGCCGAUUGAAUAACGUUUUUAUAUUGCUAUAUUGUUUUAAUCGUAGUUUGUGUAUUGUUUAAAAACCUUCAUAUAAAAUAUCAUAGUUAAAAACGAGAGGUGAAAGGAAGUGAAGGAACGAGCCGUUUGCGCUCGAAUACAAUAAACUUUCGACGCUGUGUCGGCUCACUGCUGGCGUAGGAGGCGCUGAAACUGUGGUACUAGAUUAAUCCGCGGCGAAACUGUCGAGGUAUUCUGUCGAAAACUACAUCUGAAGAUGACGGAUCUUCUAGUACGAUUUUUCAAGUGGAAUAUUGUUGGGGGCUAGUCGCAGAAACGUCAAAUCUAGUACCACAUCAUUUAAAAUUGUAAUAGAGCAAGCAGCGUUCGAGAUUUUACUGUAACCCUUACUUGUAGUAGGCGUGUGUCCAAGAGUGCGUUCCAAUGAUCUUGGACCCAACCUAAGCCAAAUUCAGGCUAGGUGAGAACCAUCAAACAUGUUCUAGUACUACGUGCCAGUUUGGACAAGCGCCUUCCCUACGCAUAAAGUUAAUCACCAAUUAAGCUAAGUGUGUUUCUACUAGUAAUACAUAUAUCUGUAAGAAAUAAUGUAUUUUUUCAGUACUACUAUUUCUACCCCUUUACACACUCCCACCCUCAUACAAGCGUCCACUAAUCACAUUCACACACCCCACACACAUACAGUUUACAAGUUCAAUAAAUGUAUUUAUUCUACACAAACAUAACCAUUUCGCAGCAACAGAGAUCAGAACAAGAUAGGUUUCUUUUCACUUUUUCAAACAUUACAAUCCACAAUAAAUAAACAAUAGUUCAUAACAGCCAGAGAUAGCACAGCAUACGUCAAUGUCCCCUUUCAUCCCCAUUCAAAGAAUACACACACAGACACAAAGUCACUACACAAUCGUGUAAUUGUGUAAAGCCAAAAACAUAAAAAAUACAUUCUUUCCCGGAUAUUUAAACUAACUAACAACCAAAACAAAACAAAUACAAGCAAACUGUAGCUAUAACGAGUUGAAGAAACAAAAAGGACAACCAGCAGAAACACAUUUCUUUGUUUGACAAAAAAGAAUAAGAAGAAGAAGAAGCUAGUACUAAAAUCGAACAGCAACUAACAGCAGUGACGAAAUCAAGAGCAAAUUAGGCACAUGGUAAUUGAUGAGACGUAACGAGAAUGAGGAGCAAUAUUCAACUGUAGAAGACAUCCAAAACCAAAAGUAAGACAGAAACGGGAAAUUUGAACCAAUGGCAAGUUACUUUUUACUUUUUACAUUGCAAUUUUCUAAUGUACGGUUGAUCUCCUCCGAUACAGCUCCGCAACUGCGGAUCCUCGAUUGAUCGGAUGGCGAUUGAGCAUUUGUACGGUUUUUUCCCCGAAUGGACCGAUUGGCCGAAUGAGAUCGAAACGAUGGUAUGCUAAAACUCCGAACAAAGCAGGAUGUUAUUUAACUACCAUCGGACUCAAGGAUGAGUCAUUUCGCCGAAAACUUAUUCUUUCUCAACGAUUCGGUGAAAUGACCCACGCCGUUUUAUAUUUAUUUAUUCAAAAUUCGGCCUGUUAUUUGAUUCGGUCAGCUGUUCAAUUGCAACCUUCCAAUCGCCCCACUUGGUCAAUCAAUCAAGAGGUCAGUCAGUCAAAAAAGACUGGGAUAGCCCGUUUGGCAGAAAGUCAUUUGUAAUAAGGUCAUUUGGCAUAAAGAAGCAUUUGACCUUAAAAAUUCAGCCACGCUCUACAUGCCAAAUGACCCUUGAGAGUUAACUGUUAACUCAUUUUGACAGGCUGAAUUAUACAUUAUUUUUUACGUUCAAUGGCUGUAAUCUCAACAGUCAUUUGAUAUAACGGUCAUUUGGCAUAAAUGGAGAAAGUAAUAGAACUCUCCUUUUCUGAAUGCCAACUGACUUUAUGCCAAAUGACUUUCGGCCAAAUGAUGUAUCUCCCCGAGAAAAUUAAAACUAUAAGAACCAUUCGAUGAUUAAAAUUGAAAUUUUGUUGUUAACUUAUUAAAACUUUUUCCGGCUUGUUUCUGUCGCGGUAUGUUAGAUUUUUUUUUUGUUUCAACCGUUGAAACCAAAAUUAUCGAAUGAUUUUUAUACGUGCAUACAAAGCAAAACAAAACAAACAAUACUGAAACCCUCAUGCAAAAA